AUGCUCGUCUCUUCCCUCAAAACCAUCGUUACCCUUAGUGUUGCAUUCUAUGCCACCGCUGCGCUGGCGGCUCCCAACGUGCAGAUGGGGGCUGAUGUUCAAGAAUUAUCCGAGAGGAACGAGGCUCUUGAACAACCUGACUUUGACGCCGUCGCUGGACUCGGCGAUACCAUCGAGGCCCGUGGCAAGCCACCUCGCCGCCCCAACAAUAACAAUAACAAUAAUAACCGGAGGCCCGGCCGCAAUGGAAAGCCCAGACGUCCCCCAAAAUAA